UUGUGUGACGUCAGCUGUCAUUGUAGCAGGCGGCCUGUACGCGGAUUCAUCGGUCUUUUCUCAUUUCAUACUGACCAUUACACAAACUAUAGUUGUAUUUUAAGGUCACUAUCAGUCCAUAACGCGCUAGUAUGGCUGACCCGAAGUAUGCUAACCUGCCGGGCAUCGCAUCCAACGAGCCUGAUGUGUACGAGACCAGUGAUCUGCCCGAAGAUGACCAGGCCCAGUUUGAGUCUGAAGAGUUGUGCAGUGACAGUGUGGAACGCAUCGUCGUCAAUCCAAACGCUGCCUAUGAUAAAUUUAAAGACAAACACAUCAGCGCUAAGGGUCUGGAUUUCUCUGAUCGCAUCAGUAAGAGUCGCAGGGUGGGAUAUGAGUCUGGAGAAUAUGAGCUGCUGGCUGAGGGCUGUGGGCUGAAGGAAACUCCUCAGCAGAAAUAUCAACGACUGGUCAAUGAGAUUCAUGAGCUCUGUCAGGAUGUGGAGAAAAUUCAGAGCAGCACUAAAGAAAGCAGUGCUGAAGAGGGUUUGACUCCAGUGGCUUUGGCUAAUCAGGCAGCACAGCUCAAACAGCAGCUGGUUUCUGCUCAUCUGGACUCUGUGCUCGGACCCAACGCUCACAUCAACCUCACCGACCCUGACGGAGCUCUCGCUAAGCGGUUGUUGACUCAAUUGGAGGCGGCGCGGGGCGUCAGGAGCAGCGGUGCAGCCGAGGGGAAGUCUGCAGCGCCCAAAGGCCCCGACGGAGUGAUUCUGUAUGAGCUUCACAGCCGACCGGAGCAAGAGAAGUUCGCAGAGUCGGCUAAGAUCGCUGAGCUGGAGAAGAGGUUGGCUGAAUUGGAGACUGCUGUGGGCUCAGGGUCUGAGAAACAGGGUCCUCUCAGCGCUGGAGUCCAGGGAGUCAGUCUGAUGAACACUAUAGAGCUUCUCCAGGCUCGGGUCAGUGCGCUGGAUGCUGCUACUCUGGACCAGGUUGAAGUGAGACUACAGAGCGUUCUGGGCAAGAUGAAUGAAAUAGCAAAGCACAAGGCAGCCAUUGAAGACGCUGAGACCCAGAAUAAGGUGUCACAGCUGUAUGAUGUGGUUCAGAAGUGGGAUGCGAUGGCCACUUCACUUCCGCAGGUGGUGCAGCGUCUGAUAGCUGUUAAAGAACUGCAUGAACAGGCGAUGCAGUUCGGCCAGUUGCUCACACAUCUGGACACAACACAACAGAUGAUCAAUAACUCACUGAAGGACAACAGCACUCUGCUAACACAGGUUCAGCAAACGAUGAAGGAGAACCUGGUUGCAGUUGAGGAAAACUUUGGUGCCCUGGAUCAGCGAAUGAAGAAGCUCUCUAAAUAAAAUCUUGUUUAUUUUGAGGAAUGAGGUGGAAAGUCAUCCGCGUCGACUAGAUUCAAGCUCUUUAUCCUCGUAUUGCCUUUGUGUUUGUCUUUAAACAGAUGAAACUGCAGUUGAAGGUUGAGACCAAAUGUAACGCACACUACAAAACACCUGAUCUCUUUCUGUGGAGUUAAGAUACUGUACAUCCAUUACAAACACAUACAGUCUCAAUGUCAACCUAUGAAACCAAGACGUUUCUGUUUACAGAUUGAUCUAGUGUCUUUAGUUGUGUAGCAUCUAAAGAUGUUGUUUUUUGUUUUAUUUCAAAUCCUUUUUCCUGAUAGAUCUGAGCUCAAGGAUCUCAGAUGCUCAUGUUGUAUAUAAAUAUAUUCAGGCCUGUAAUUGAACCUGUUCUUAUGAGUUAUUGCUUGUAACCACUAAUGUAUUAUUACAAAGCGCAACGGUCCAUAUCUUAUGAUUAUUAUUUUCCAAGAUAGGAUUUCAAAAGAAAAAAUUAAACAUGCUUUCAGAAA